UGACCUCCUGAAGUCCCUUCUAACUCUAAUUGUCUAUGAUUCUAUGAUACUACAGCAGUCAGGAGUAGUCAGGUCGGUGAUCCAGUCAGUGAUAUGAUGGGAUAUGAUUACUGUCUGUAUACACUUCAGGGAGAUAAACACCAGGGAGGAAAAGAGCUAUAAAUUCAGUGUUGGCAUAUGGGUAUAAAACACCCAAGCAUAAAUUUAGGCUCGAGAUUAGAAGCUUUCUACCCAUUACAACAGUAAAUUCUGGAACGGGCUUCCAAUCAGAGUAGUGAGGUGGGAAACAUCUAAGUCUGUUCCAGAUGAUCACUUUAUGAAGAGGCUGCCUGUGAUAGCAGGAUAAAUUAAAAUGAAUUCCCAGUAAAUCAGAAAAGCAGGCUAUAGUGGCAUGAACUGGAAUUUUCAGAAUAAUUGGUGCCCAGCCUUAUACAGCUGCAGAACCUUCUUAUUUUACUAGCCUUUGUGAAGUCUAAGCCAGCUUGGGUUUUUUUGGUAAUCCUUGCUUUAGCCAUGCACUUCUUCAUCUCUGAGACACAGGCUGCUCCCAGGGAAUUUUGUUGUUGUUGCAUUCUCAGAGGUCAAAGCCACACUUCAGGCUAACACCAUACAACACGGGCAGUGGCAAAAUGAAACUUUCCUAAAUUUCCCUGCUGCCAUGCCUUCAGCACUCCUUCUGGGGAAGGUCCCUGUAGUGAUCAGGGGCCAUAAAUACUAAAUAGCUUUGAUGCUACGUCAUAAUGAGUCAUAACUUGAGAUGCAUCCCUACCUUCUCCCGGAAGGCAUUCUCCCAUGAUCUUCUCUGUUUGCAUUCUUUCAACAGCAAUAAAAGCCACGUGAACUAUGGAAGCCAAUAUCUCCUUUCUUCCGCUAUUGCACAAGAGGUCCCUGGUCCUUACCACUUGCCCAGUACAGAACCAUCUGCACCUCCUAUGGAAUUGGUGGACAAUGUCACCGGAGCUGAAAGGGACGGUUCAAGAGACUGCGAAAAGAAUAGUUUGCCUGCCCAGGUUGAUCUGCUGUCUCAAGGAGAGCACAAUGAUUCCACUUCACAACAGAACGAGUGGAGCAUCCCACCUAUUUCUGAGCAUGAAGCCAGAGAAGCUUUCCUAGAGUAUGCAGCCAGCAAGUGCUGCUAUAGGACUGCCCCUGCAAAACACAUGGUGGUCCAGAACCUGACAGCAUGCAACACAUACAGAUAUCGUCUGAAAACCUUCACUGAAAACAGAGAAACGUAUCCAGCCAGCGAACCAUAUAAUGGUGGCUUUGUGGACUCUCCUGAGGUCGCAGAACCCCCCGCCCCUUGGGAAAUAGAAGUGGAUGCACCUCCCCUGUUUACGGACUGUGAAAUGCAUUUCCCGGUGCCUCACACCUAUUCAGUACAGAGUUGUCCUAAGUGUCAUGGAACUGGUAAAGCCCAGUGCACCCGAUGUACUGGAUCAGGAAAGGUUUCUUGCUCAUCUUGUAACGGGUCAGGCUGGCAAUCUGUUAGUACUACCUCCGAUACUAGUUCUGGAUUUUGCACAUUCUGUGGAGGGGUGGGACGCACACGUUGCUCAUACUGUUAUGGUCGUGGUUGGCUGCACUGUGUCCGUUGUAAUGGAAGAGGCCUUUUGCUAUACCAUUCUGAACUUACAAUCAUUUGGAAGAACAAUUCUGCUGAAUACGUGGCUGACAACAACUGUGGGUUUCCUAUAGAUCGCUUUCAUGACGUCACUGGGAAGGAAAUAUUUUGUGAUGAAAAUGUGUUGGUGAACCCUCUAAGGAGCUUCCCCGAACCAGAAAUCGUGCGGGGUUCAGAAUCAUGCAUUGCAACACAUAAAAUGCAGUUUGCAUCAAAAAUGCGUAUAUUGAGACAGAAACAAACUGUUGAGUUGAUUCCACUCGCCAGGGUGGAAUAUGUGUGGAAAGGGAAGUCCAAUUCCUUCUACAUCUUUGGAAAUGAAAAGAAAGUGUAUGCAAAGGACUACCCAGCAAAAUGCUGCUGCUUGGUCAUGUAAUUAAUUCACUGAUAGGUUGGAAGCUGAUAACUAGAUCUGGGUAAAACUUUUUGCUGAAAUAAUAUCUGUUUGGGGGCAAAAAUAUUUGCUGAAAAAAGAAGACAUUUCAGGAGGACCGAAAUUGGGUCACAGCUUGCAAAUAAUUUAGGCCAAAAAAUGGAGCGGAAAAUGUUUGAGAAAAAUGAAAACACUGGCUUUAUCUAAACUCAGUUUGUCAUUUAAAAAUUGAUUUAAGUUUCAGAAGGAAAAAAGAAGCCUUUAAAAGAAUGAAAUAACCUGAGAAUAGUGCAAACUUAUGUUGGGUUGAUUUAAAAGUUUUUCCUUUAUUUUUAAAAAUGUUUUCUCCUUACUUUUCAUUUCAGCCGCUAAACCCCCCAAAUCUACAUUUUAGCUCUGAUAAGAGCGAAAUCAUGUUCCUUAUCAAUCAAAACAGCAUUCUUCUUCACAAAAACUGACCAACUCUUUCAGCUUUCAUGUUAUAGUGGACACAGUGGACUUUGCUCACAGGACUAGCGGAGAUGGUUCUCUCUUGAUAGUGCAAUAACAAUUCAUGAAGGUCAUUUAGUAAUUUUAGUGCAUCUAGAGUGUCCCUUCCCAAAUCUACUGUGAAAUGGAAAAAAAAAUCAUUUGUCAUAAUGCAGCUUGGAACUGAGGAAGGGCUAAAACUUUGUGCAAUAGAGGUUUGAAUUAAAAUCUUUUUUUUUAUUC